AAAAAUGACAGAGUCAAAAUUACUGUUAUUGAUGUUGAUUUACACUAUUUACGUUUAUUUAUUUUUUAUAUUUUAGAAUACUAUGUAUCUGCGAAAACUCUUUGAUCAUAUCGAAUUUCUUCAUUCUGUUUAAAUAUUUAAUUUCCUUGGUUGUCACCUAGACUACUUUUUCCACAAAUGGCCUUCAACUUGGAAAGCCGGUUUCCUAAGGCCCCAAAAUACGUUACACUUCUGGAUCCUGGAGCUUAUCAAAUAAGUGAUACUGAUACUAAAAAAUGGAACAAAAUUGCAUUUAAUUCAUCUACUCCGCGAAAUAUUCGCAAUGAAAAGAAAUUAUGGACGCACGCCAUUUAUAAUCCUGAAUACAGGAAAAAAAUACCAAAUUGCCCAAGUAUGAUGUCACGACAGCCACGUUUUCCAUAUGAAAGCUAUACCAAAUUUGAUUUGGUAGAAGAGUUUCUUUGCAACUGCGGAGUAGAUAAUGUCUGUACUUGUUCAAUGAAAACAGAAUUGGUCGACAGUGUAAAAUGCCAAGGGAAAAUUCCAAAACGUAUAUUUAAAGGCCUCACACUACAAUCCGCAGUAAGUGCUGAUUAUCAAUCAGAACCACCAGUAUCAAAAAGUAUCAAUAUUAAUACUACUGGCUUCAAUGGUUUUUCAACUGAUUUUUAUAGAGGAUGGAAAUGGAGUAAAUGGACUUCUCCACGCUUAAAAUACUCAAUUGACCAGAGCCCUGGACCUGGAUACUAUGAUAUCGAAAAAGAACCAGAUAAAACGAAACUUUGUGCUGAGCAGUGUAGAUUUCACAAACGUAAAAAAUCAAAACAACUUCGUUUUAUCGAAAUGAUUCAGGAAAGAAAUAUAAUUGAAGGGAGGCCAGGACCAACUGAUUAUGAUCCAAAAGAAAUUAAAGCGGGAGAACAAAAUAUAACAUUUGGAUCCACAGGGGCUGAUAUCAAAGAAUGGGUUAGAUUAAUGGUUGAACAGUUUUCUUUUCCACAUGUGAAAGUUUUGUUUCCGACUGCACCCUUGCAGCCAUACACGCCUGCCGGUGGUAUGAUGAGCAAUGUUUGGUUUGAUAGAGCUAAUAUUACACCAGAUGUUCCUGAAAAACUGGACUCAUUAGCCAGAAUUGAAACUGAAGUAAAGAAUCUUAUAAAAACUGAAAAUGAUGCUGGAAUACCCAGUGAUAGGAUUAUAGUUGGUGGAUUUUCCAUGGGAGGUGCACUGGCUUUUCACACUGGCUACAGAUGGGAUAGAAAACUGGCUGGGGUGUUUGCAUUCAGCUCCUUCUUAAAUUAUAAUUCAGCCGUUUAUGAUGAAUUGAAAAAUAACACAGGUGUAACAUAUCCACCCUUGCUGCAAAUUCAUGGUAACCAGGACGAUUUAGUACCCCUGAAAUGGGGAGAGGAAACAUAUCAGAAGUUGAAAAGUCUUGGAAUUCAGGGAAGUUUUUUCGUUCAAGAAAGAUUGGGGCACUCGUUGAAUAGACGAGGCAUUAAGAUUAUUAAAGAUUGGAUCGAUGAAAAGUUGCCUAAUUCAUAACAUACUAAUGUUCAUAAAAUUUUAUGGUUGCCGUAGUGAUUUUUAAUAUUAUAAUGUUGUUAUUGAAUAAUUUGUAAUUUCUCUAUGUAUAAAUGUUUUAUCAGUUCCUUAAA